AUGUUAGAUGAAUUAGACAUUUCUAAAAAGAAUAAUUAUACUGCCCAAUCUCAAGGAUUGCACUACAUUUCUCCAUUUGAAGCUGUAAAAUCAACAGUCAUUGAUUACCUUGAAACAUUUUUUAGACCAAAAUAUAACCUAAAAACCAAACUUCUUACACAAUUUUUUGUUGAAAUUUUAGUAAAUUCUAUAAACUGUUUACAGCUAAUCACUCUUUUGUGAUAUCCACAUAUGAAUAUAACUGGAUGGGCAGAUUAUAGGGCUUACUGAACCUAUCUCAGUAUAUUUUCUUUUGAUAAUAUCAUAUCAACGUGGAGCCUUACAAAAUUAGCUUUCUAUAUUAGUUCAGCUACUUUGGGAAUGUGCAUAAUUUCCUUAAUUGCAAUAGGAGCAAUAAAAGGUAAAGGAUGAAAUUUGUCAAAAAUUGCAAUUUAUUUCACAAGUUCUAUUCUUGGACAUAAAUAAAAUGGCAACGACACCGACUUGUCCUCUCCCGGAACUGAGGCGAAAUUGGGGACCUUGCUGCGGCCUGAAGCCAAUCCGCCCAGGGAAAGGUCUGGAAUGGGUACUGGUAGUUUGUGUCCGGCUAGGUUUCCCUCCCAGUCCAGCAACGACGAUCCUUGGGUCGUCCCGAUAGGACACGGGGCAAAAGGGUUUUUCCUCUAGGGACCGCUAGUGCCAAUUUUGAGGUCAAGGCAGGAGCCAACAAGAGCUAAGGAGUUAAUCCUUAGCUCUAACCCUAGUCUGGCGACGUGAAGCACGGUGACCCAAUUCGCCUACUUCCGGGAUAGCAUGACCAAGCCCCAUGACCGGAAGGAGCUGAGUGGUAGCCUGUGGCACUUAGGUGCACACUGGAGCAAGGCAAGGAAAGCAAGCGAGGCGUCCAAAAGGCAGAAGAAAAGGACCUUCGGUCCUGGCCGGGAGCUACUCUAUAAAUUUAACUAAGACUAAGUUCUAUUCUUGGAUUUAUGACAUCUGUAGGGUUUGUGCCGCUACUUAUGAUAUUUUUAACAGUUGCUAAAUACUCAAUGAGACCUGACCUAAAUGUUUGUGAGUACAGCUCUCUGACUGCUGAUGAUUUAAACUUAGGUUUGUUUGGAUCAAUCAUAGGAAUUAUUUCUGGAACAUUUUUAAUUAUGUCAGCUCUCAUUUAUGAAUUAUUUACAGCAGAUAUCAGACACUCAUUUGCAAAUAGAAAUAUAAGAGCUCGAGCAGAUUCAAAUUUGGAUAUAGCAAUUACUUAUUUUAAAUCGCUUCUAGUUGUCUUAUAUAUUUAUGUUGGAAACUCACAAAUAGAUUGGUAUAUCAUGUUUUUCAUGGUUUCUUCUGCUAUGUUUGCGUAUCUUACUUUCAAAUUCAAUUCCUAUUACAAUCCACUUAUUAAUUCAAUUAAAGUUUCAAAAAUGUUUAUUAUAUCUGCAGCUGCUUUGAGCUUCUUAUUCGGUCGAGCAAUUGAUAAUUCGCUUGUAAUUUUAUUAUUAUGCUCAUGUGUGAUCCCUUUGAUAUUUGGGAUUUUUAUGCUUAAAGUAUGAAAAUAUAUAAAAAAUUUUUCGUUUAAAGGAUUCUCAAAUGACCAGCAUGAAUUUGAGUUGCAAAUAAGAAAAAUUUUAAUAAAUCAAUCUGCCAAUCCGAAAGCAGCAAUUGAUGCGUUUAUUAAUAUUCGAAAGUUCUCGAGAUUUAAAGUAGAUAAACUCUUUAUAGUGUGAGAAGCAAACUACUGUGCUUAUACAAUAAAAGAUUUUUGUUUAUCUCGAAUAAAGCUGGCAGAGUCUGGCAAUGUUUCAUAUAGUAUUGAAGGAGAAAUACAGGAAUGAAGACUAAAAAAGUAUUUAAAUGAUAAUAAAGACAAAAGUCCUGUUCUGAAUUUUUUAUUAUAUUUGAUUGACUUACUCCCCCCUCCAUGAGUGAACAAAAAAAUUUUGUUCACUUUAUUUUUUUUUUAAAAAAUUUAUAUAAAUUUUAAGAAAAUUUUUUUUUAGAAAUAUAAAAAAAUCCUAAUUCAAAAAUUGAAAAGCAAAUAUUAAUUUAAUUUAUAAAAUUUAUGUUUUAAAACGCAAUUUGUUUAAAAUUAAACAGAAUUAGCUCUAAAAUUUCGUUAUAAUAAUUAUCACUUAUAUAUCAAAAUUUUUUUCCAUAAAAAAUUUUUGUUCACUCACGGAGGGUGGGUUUUUUGGAAAAAAAUAGGGACCUUUCUAAAUGUUUUUGUUCACUCACGGAGGGGGGGAGUUAGAAAAAUCUCGGCAUGCAGAUGAGCAUCUAUGCUACCAUCUUACUGAACUUUGAGCCGAAAUUACAGCUAGAAAGCCUAAACUUGAGAAAUUAGAACAUUUAACAAACACUUCGACUGAAUUAAUUUAAAGUACAAUAUUUAAAAUGGCAGCUAGGGAUGGGUCCUUAGUCCUGAUCCUCCUGGCUGGACCCAUAAACCGAACUAAGUGAGAGAAGUCUAACUUCUUGAGAGCUUUGGCUUGAAGAGAAGUGGUCUGUGCUGAGGCUGGCACAGACUAGAGAAGUCUGAAAGGGCUUAAUAAAUUUAAGAGUUCGACAGUUAGUCCAGCUCAUCUACUGUUGUUCAGAGCUUUUAUCGUAGCUGACCUCAAGAAUGAAGAUUUAGAAGGCAUUCAAUAUGAAACUUAAACUUAAAAAUUUACAAGGCGAAAAAACUAUAUGACUCGAUGAUUGAGUUGAAAAGUGAAAAAGUUUAUGAGCUCUAUGGGGGAUUACUGCAAAAUAUCCUCCAUGAAUAUGAUCAAGGCUCAGCAGUUUUGAGCAAAAUCAGAAGAACAAAGUCGAUUGACUCUUUUAUCAGGUAUGAAGUAAAAUUAACUAACUACGAAGAAGCAAAUGGAAAUAUGCUAAUUUCUGCUAAUAAAGAUAAUUUUGGAUCAAUUGUAUUUAUUAACGAUGUUGGGUCUCAGAUCCUAAAAGGAAGAAUUUAUGAAAUACUUGGAAACAAAGCAUCAACAUACAUUCCCCCUCCUUAUUCACGCCAUCACAUUGAAUAUGAAAAAAAAUUUGUUGAAAAUUGCACAAACCCUAUUGUAGAGAAACCAAGCUCUUUAUUUUUUCUAGAUAUUUUUGGAUUUUUGCAUGAGUGUAUGAUUCUUUUAAGGCUUACAUCUCUUGACAAUUAUCUGUACUUCAUGAUGUCGUUCAAGGAAGUUAAAGCAUCAAGGCAAGUUGCAUUAACAUCUGAAGAUGGACUUAUAUAUAGUCAUAGCGAAGGCUUUUCAGAUUUAAUUACUGAGCCAUUGAAAUCAUUAAGAAACCAAUAUUUGUCUGAUCUCUUGCCUGGCAUUACUCUUUCGCAAGUUCCUCUCUAUGAGCCUAUUUUACUGAACAUAAAAGAUAAUAAUCUCGCUUUAGUCCAUGGAAUCAAGAAUUUUAAAUCUACAGAUAUUCACUUUGUCUUAUUGAUAUCUGACCAGUCCGAAAUAGAUGUUUGGCUUGAAAAUAAUGAUAUUUUGCAGCUUGAGUAUUUUGGAAAAGCUGAUACCAUUGCAGAAUUAGAGCACUUUGAAUCAAGCCACACUGAUAUACACUCUGAUCAGGAUAGGGUUAAAUUUAACUUAAAAGCCUCAAACAACAGUUUUAUGCAUACAACAUCUUUAGGUGAAGCUGAAAUUGAAAUGGCUUCUGGUGCAACAAAAUUUUCUGAAGAGCACAAAGAAAAGCAUUCUACUGAAGACAAAUCAUUGACUGCCUCAUCUUCAUAUUUUACACACACAAGCUCUUCUCAAGAUAAAAAAGGUAAAAAAUAUUUAGCUCAUGGAAAGACAAUUGUUUUAAUGUCUUUAGUGCUAUUAAAACGAUAUAAAUGAGUCUUAUUUUUCUCACUCCCCCUCCGUGAGUAAACAAAACCAUUAGAAAAAUCGCUAUUUUUUUGCCCCAAAAAAACCCACCCUCCGUGAGUAAAUAAAAAUUUUUUAUGGAAAAAAAAUUUUGAUAUAUAAGUGAUAAAUAUUACUACGAAAUCUAUCGCUAAUUCUGUUUAAUUUUAAACAAAUUGCGUUUUAAAAAAUAAAUUUUACAAAUUAAAUUAAUAUUUGCUUUCCAAUUUUUGCGAAUUAGGAUUUUUUUAAAUUCCGAAAAAAAAUAUUUUCUUACAAUUUAUAUAUAGAUUUUUUUAAAAAACAAAUUAAUCCCCUCCGUGAGCGAACAAAUUUUUUUUUUUUCACUCACGAAUGGGGGGUCAGUAAAUUUUAUUUAGGUCCUUGUAGUGAUAUCUACUAAUAUAGCAAUUGCAAUCUAUAUAACCAAUGCUGUUAAUCAUUCAAGGUCAAUAAAUACAUUUAGUGCGCUUGGUAAUAUUCUGUUUGAUUUAGUGCAUAUUGCUGAAAAUGUCAGGAAAAUAGAUUACAUUAUAGAUUCUAUGCCUAAAACUUUAGAAGCUAGACUUGUACCGUUAAGAGAAGCAUUAACUGAGUUAGAUAAUUCUCAUAACGGAGUUUUAUCGAAUUUAUCAUCAUGAAGCUAUUGUGAAGCUUCUAGGAUUGUCAUUGAAGAUCUUGUUCCUUUAUGAAACUUUGAUGACACCCCUAAAAUAGAAAAUGUCAAUUUAUUUGAUGCUCUUCAAGACUUCAUCAUUAAAGUAAAAUUAAUUUAGACACGAAUAAUUAUCAAUAGCGCAGAAAAAAAGAGCCAUGCUCCAAAAGAAGCAGAAUUUGUUAUGGUAAAUGGAGUCAACAAACUGUAUUCAGCCACAAAUAAAACUAUAAAUAGUUUGGUUUUAUGUGAAAUUGAGAUGAUUCAUGAAAUUAGCCAAACAAUAACGUUGCUGUUUGUUUCUGGAGUAGUAAUACUAGGAAUAUGUUUCACGAUUUUGACUGUUUUUAUUUUAUUAAUCAGUCGCAAAUAUAAUAAUUUGUGACACACACAAUAUUUAAAAUGGAGGUUAUGGAUGGGUCCUUAGUCCUAAUCCACCAGGCUGGACCCAUAAACUGAAUUCAGUGAGAGAAGCCAAGCUUCUUGAGAAUUUCGGCUUGAAGAGAAGUGGUCUGGUUGAGGCUGGCAGAGACUAGAGGAAUCUGAAAGGGCUUGAUAACUUUAAGGUUCGACAGUUAGGCAGGUUAACCUACCGUUGUUCAGAGCUGUUAUCAUAGUUGAGCCUCAAAAAAAGAAUAUUUAGAAGACACUAAAAGUGCAAGAGAAAAUUUCAUUAAACUUAAGCUUAAAUUUGUGACAGUUUAUCAAACAGCUAACUCAUCUAUCAUAUUAUGAUCUUAAAAGUGCUUGCUUGGAUAGAUUGUCUGUUAUCCACGGCAUAGAGUGAACAGAAUAUGAGCAGGACAAUCUCAACAGAAAUAAAGCCACUCAAAAUCCUUUGAAUUUUAACAUUAGUAAGAGGUAUUUAUGGAGACUAGGAAUUUUUGUAGCAUUUACAAUAGCUUACUAUCUUGUCGUAAAUUUUGCUUUGUAUCCAAAGUGUGAAGAUUAUUUAAUUGUGAGGCCGAAGUUAUUAGAAAAUUACAUCCAUAGAAGAGCAUUAAUCCCUUUAAUUGAUUUUUGGACUAUUGAAGGAAUUUUAGCAAAUAAAAAUAUAACGAUUGUAGAGAAAACUGGGGGGAUUGAUUUUUUCAAAAAUUUCCACGAAGAAAUAGAUGAAGGGAUUCAGAAUCUUUUGGAUGCAAAUCACAAUUUAAUUAAAAAUACAGAUUUAAUGAGCAAUGAGCUAUUAUCAAAACUUUUUGAAACUGGAAGCGGCAAAAACUUUGAAUAUGGAACAUAUGUAUAUGGGAAUAUUCUGAUGUUCGAUUCUAAAGCAUAUAGUGCGAAUUCACAAUCAGCAUCAUUCAAAAACAUUGGAGAUUUUAGCAGUAGCAUGCAAUCACUGGAAGAGGCAAUGACUUCAAAUUUUGGGUUGAUUGAUAAAAGCUCACAGGGAUUAAUUAUAAGUCAACUCGAUCAUAUUAUCUAUGCAAUUAUUGCGUAUUCGCUUUUAUCUGUAAUACUUUUUUUCUUGUACUUUUUACCGUACAUUCAUUCCGAAACAAAAAUGCUGCUUAAAAUGCAAGAUAUUAUGUUUUUGAUAACGGAGUGUAUGAUAAUAAAAUAG